UAAGCCACCUGAUCCAAUCGGGAUAAUGGAUCAUCAGCCAUAGUAGCUCUGAAAUUUCCUUGAUGGAACUGCAUCAAACCUUCAUGGAAGGAGUACUAUGGUAGUUUGAUGUUCCACGAAACUGUUAAAAUCCUAGUUGAACACCAAAAGAAUUGAAAUGAUGUUGAUACUCGCUUUUUUUCUGCCACUGGACAUGGCCUAAAUUUGAGAGGCCCAACCGCGCAAGGCCUAUGUGCGCUUGGCUGCCUGCUGCCGCUCCUAUCCUAUCCUCAACCACGGCACGCGAUGUACGGGUGGGCUGUGAUCGUGUAAACCAUGGACUCGCAACGCAAUCUCCCAGCUCGUGGCUCUCCACCCACUGUGCCUUUGCUGGGCAGCCAAAUUUCUGCGGCAAACGGUAGCGUCCCACGCCGAUCCCUCCACUCGGGUCGGGCGUCGCUCGGCCCCCCCUUUUUUCGUGGCACGGCACAACCUUUUCCGGCCGCGUGCCAGGUGCCACCCACCGCGAUCUUUGUCUCAUGCCUGCACCCACCGGCAGUGCACCAGGUCCAUGCCGCACCCAAACAGUGUCGCGUCGCCGUCGCCUCACACUCUCCUCCUCGUCGCAGACCUUGCAGCCGGCGGCGUCCGCGCUGCAGCAAUCCUGAUUCCUGAACGCCAGAACCUGAGCUGCAGCUGCGAUUGGUGGGGGGAAGAACACGGUGGCGCAUCAGCUGCAGUGGAAAUGGCGACGAGGAUGCGUUCCUGCGUCAGGUGCUUGGCCAACCUCGUGCUCCCCUUCCUCUUCUUCGCCUCCCUCCUCUACCUGUCCACCAGGCAGCCGCUCCUCGACGUGGCUGUCCGCCGGGACGUCGCGCCCGGCAGGCUGCGGGUGUUCGUGGACCGCGCCGCUAAAAAUGCCAGCGUCACGACGGGCGCGGCGGCUCAGGUGUCUGACAUUGCCGCCGUUGCAAUCGAAGGUGGUGACGGCGAUGUCCUGACCGACGCGCCCCCGGACUCCGGCGACGCCAAUGUCACGACGGAUAAUACGGUGCAGCAGGCGUCUGCCAUCGCUGCCGCUGCAACUGAAGACGGCGAAUCCAAGGUCGUGACCGAUGCGCCGCCAGCGUCCGCCGCCGCCGCCGAGCCGAGGGUGUCGUCAGACUCAGACUCAGACAUCGCGGCAACGGCAUCUACUGCCGGCAGCGACACGAGUGGCGACGCUGAUGACACCAUCGUGUUCGACUUCCGGCCGUACGUGUUCGUGUACAAGAGCGGGCGCGUCCACCGCUUCCACGGCACGGAAACCGUCCCGCCCGGCGUCGACGCGCUCACGGGCGUCGCGUCCAUGGACGUCGCCGGCGCUGGCGGCGUCGGCGUCGGCGUCGGCGUCAGCGCGCGGCUCUACCUGCCGCCGAAGAGCCGUCGCGGCAAGAAGAGAAAGCUGCCCGUGCUGCUCUACUUCCACGGCGGCGCGUUCGUGAUCGAGUCGCCGUUCUCGCCGCUGUACCACGCGUUCCUCAACAUCCUCGUCGCCAAGGCGGGCGUCGUGGCCGUGUCAGUGGACUACCGCCUCGCGCCGGAGCACCCGCUCCCCGCCGCGUACCACGACGCGUGGGCGGCGCUCCGGUGGACGGCAUCGAACUGCGUAUCGGGGCCGGAAGCCUGGCUCGCCGACCACGGAGACGCCACGCGCAUCUUCCUGGCCGGCGACAGCGCCGGCGGCGACAUCGCCCACAACCUGGCGGUGCGAGCCGGAGCGGAGCCCCCGCUGCCCGGCGGCGCGGCCAUCGCCGGCGUCGUCCUCCUCAACCCGUACUUCUGGGGCAAGGAGCCGGUGGGCGCGGAGCCCGGCGAGCGGUGGGUGCGCGACGGCCUCGAGCAGACGUGGGCGCUCGUGUGUGGCGGCAGGUACGGCAUCGACGACCCGCACGUGAACCCGCUGGCGGCGCCUGGCGCGUGGCGCGGGAUGGCGGGCGAGCGCGUGCUGGUCACCAUCGCGGGGCGCGACAACUUCCGGGACCGGGCGGCGGCGUACGCGGAGGGGUUGAGGCGGAGCGGCUGGCGAGGGGAGGUGGAGACGUACGUGACGGAGGGGGAGGCGCACGUGCACUUCGUGGGCAACCCGAGGAGCGACAAGGCCGAGCGGGAGACGGACAAGGUGGCUGAGUUCAUCGCCGGCGGUGGCCGUGGCAAUGGCUAGGCCGCGCUCUGGCUCUGGCGUAUCUUUGGGUUCUGCUCUGACAACGUCGUCCUGCUGCGUGUGGAAAUUGUACUAGAUAGACAUCGUUUUCAUAUACUCCAAAGCGAAAAAGAA